GCCCAUUUUUAUUUUUUAUUAAUUUUUAUAUUUUUUUCGUGAAAUUAAAUGUACAUUGCCUUCAUCUUGACAUUAAAGAGGAAAUUUUUUAUAUUCCUCAUGUUUUUACCGCCGUUUUAAAAAAAAAGUUUUUUUUAAAUAUGGGUAGGACUUUUAUUUGAAAAAAAAAAUCCUCUUUCUUCAUUUGUCUUUACUUUCCCACGAAGAAAAAUGUCUACCGAACAAUACCGUCUCCCUACUCGCGGCAACGUCGAAAAAGUUUUGAGAAACUUUGAAGCCAAAGAAGGUCUUAUUUAUUUAACCGGACAAGUCGUUCUUGAAAGAGACGAUACUGAUGUUGAGCAACCUUUCCGUCAAGAAUCCAACUUCUUCUACGUUACCGGUGUUGCUGAACCCGACUUUCAAUUGGUCAUUGAUAUUGCCUCCAAGCGUAUUCAAUUGAUUGCUCCCAACGUAGACCCUGAUCACGUCAUGUGGAUGGGUUUACCCGACACCUUAGAAACUUUGGUUGAAAAGUAUGACGUCGAUGAAGCCAUCUAUGCUGACAAGUUGAACGAUAUCUUGGCCUCUGCUUCCAUUGUCUAUACUUUGCCCAUCACAAAGACUGACAAGGUUCAAACCGCAAAAUUAUGUAACGCCCAACAAAGCAAGAAUUUGCAUACUGCCUUUGCUGAAGCUCGUGCCUACAAGGCUCAAUGGGAAGUUGAUAUUAUUCGUGAAGCAAACAGAAUUUCUUCUUAUGCCCAUAACAAGGUCAUGGUUGCUUCUCAUGUUGGUUCCACAGAAGCUAAAUUAUUUGCCAAAUUCUUAUACGAGUGUGCUUUCCACGAUUCUUUCCAACAAGCUUACUACCCCAUUGUUGGUGUCGGUAAGAACGCCGCGACCCUUCAUUACAACAAGAACAAUGCUCCCUUAAAGAACGCUAAUGAUUUGGUCUUGGUGGAUGCUGGUUGUGAAGUCGAUUGUUAUGCCUCUGAUAUUACCAGAUGUUUCCCUGUUGGCGGUAAGUUCUCUCCUGAAGCACGUACUAUCUACACCAUCGUACUUGACAUGCAAAAGGCUUGUCUUGAUGCCUGUAAGGCUGGUGUCCCCUGGGAAACCAUUCAUAACAUUGCCGCUGAUGUUGCUACCGAUGGUCUUUUAGCUUGUGGUAUUCUUGUUGGUGAUAAGAAAGAUAUCCAAGCAAACUAUGUUACCGCUGCUUUCUUCCCUCACGGCAUUGGACACAUGCUUGGUCUUGAUGUUCACGAUCAAGGUGGUUACCCAGAAGGUACUGAACGUAUCGAUGCUCCUGGUAUUCGUAACUUGCGUAUGCGUCGUAACCUCGAAGCUGGCUUCGUCGUUACUGUCGAACCUGGUGUGUACUUCUGUGAUUUCUUGAUUGAUCCUGUCAUGAAUGAUCCCGUUACUGGCAAGUUCAUCAACAAGGAAGCUUUAGAUAAGUACAAGUCCGUUGGUGGUGUUCGUAUUGAAGACAACAUUCUUAUUACCGAGGAUGGUCACAUUAACUUGACCACUGCCCCUAAGGAAAUCGCCGAGGUCGAGGCCAUGUGUGCUUCCGAAUUCUAAAUUUUAUUUUUUGUUGAAUAAAAAAAAAAAAUUGUUGUAUAAAAAAAAAA